CUCGUGAAAGAAACUACGGUGCCGUUUCGCCUCUUAUUUACAUGUUCACCAAAUGAACUUAAGCAAUGUUUGCUGCCGAUCGUUUGAGAGAAUUUGUCUUCGAGCGGCUAACUGCUGCUGCUGAAGACAUUUUUGGAGUUUUUCAGAGAACUAUCGUCGAGUACGAGGCAGAGAUCGAUCGCCACCGCAGACUGCUGGAUAAAGCUGGGAUAAAGGCUCAGGAAAACCUUUCAGAUGUCCCACAGCAACAUAACUGUGAAUAUGAAGAGGCUGUGGCUGACCAGCAACUCUGUAACCAGGAGAGGACCUUCAGUCUGAACCAAGAGGAGCCAGAGCCUCCACAGGUGAAGGAGGAGCAGGAAGAACUCUGCAGCAGUCAGGAGGUAGAGCAGCUCAUUAUGAAGCAGGAGACUGAGACAUUCAUGUGGGCUCUUACUCAUGAGGAAAAUGACCACUGUGAACCUGCGCAACAAAAUGAACAGCAUCUCCUCUUUCACAACACCCAUAUCACUGAAAAUAAAGAAUCUCAAGGAAGCAAUCCUGAAAACUCAGGGUCAAGUGGAACAUCAGAACCAUCAGCAAUAUCAGCAAUUGACUGCAGUCUUCACCAAAGUCAAAAGUCUUUAAAAUGUGUCACAUUUGGUGAAGAGGUUAAGAAAAAGGCAGCAUUACAGACUCAUCAACGUGUCCACAAUAAGGAGAUGCAUUCUUGCAACAUUUGUGGGAAAAUGUUCAGUCACAAGUCACAGCUGACUAAACAUAUAAGAUCUCACACAGGUGAGAAGCCUUACUCCUGCAGCACAUGUGGGAAAGGAUUUGCUCAGAUGGCACAUUUGAAUAUUCACAUAAGAACUCACACAGGUGAAAAACCAUACUCCUGUGCUACCUGUGGAGCAACAUUUGCCCAGAAAAACAAUUUGGAAAAGCACAAAAGAGUUCAUACAGGUGAAAAACCAUUUUCUUGCAAAGCAUGUGACAGGACUUUUAAAUAUUUGGAUGUCUUGACGAUUCAUAUGAGAAGAGCUCACACAGGUGAGCGUCCAUACCUUUGUAAGACCUGUGGAAAAAGAUUCUUUGACUCAUCGAAUCUUUCACAACACAUGAAAUCACAUACAGGCAAAUAGCCAUGUGUGCACUGAUGUGGUGGAGAUAAUUGAAUUAAGCAUUGCAGUACUUGCAAACAUUUUUCCAUAAAAAUCCUACAUUUUUUUGUAAUGUAACAGAACCUUAGCCAUUGAACAACUGAUCACAAUUUAUUUUAAUUGUGGAAAUUUCUAUGCAUACUUUUGGCAACACUUAUGGUCAAUGUUUUCUCAAGGACUUUGGAGCAUGCUGAACUGUUUGUUGGGGUUUGUUCACAAUGUACGCUAUGCAAUGUUCAUCAAACUGUUUGACACUGUAUAAAAGUAAAACAUUUAUA